UUCCCGGGGAGGUUGGAAACAAGGAGCUCUGAUCACUACUCCUGCAGAAAAAGCCAGGAGUCCUUUCACUUGGAGCGAGCGGUCGUCCGAGUCUGUGGCUGUGCGUCUUUCCAGCAGCAGUAGCCGUGCCACGAGAGGAAAAUGCCCGGGAUGGGCAACUCUUUACGCGCGGCUGCCCUCCUGGCUUUCGUGGUUCUUUCUAUUCUGGUGUCACUCUUGAUUAGCAGCGUGCAGCAGUUUGGAGCGAGAAUAUCUCACUUUUCCAAUACAACUGUCGGUGGUGAUGAGGGGGAGUUUGCGUCGCUCCGCGGGGCGUUGAUUUACCAACUGAACGAGAGGCGCAAAGAAAUUAUUCCGCUACUAUUACCUGAUGAUGAUGAUCACGAUGAAACCAUGCUAUCAGUAGAAAGUCGACAUUUGGAUUACACUCUGUGGAAAGAGAUCACGCAUGGCACCAGGAAAGCGCAUAUGGAUGAAAUGGAUUGCGAUUCUCUGGUGGACAUGCAGGCGGUGGAGAUCCUCGGGUCUGGAUACACCAAACUGGUUGUCAAAGUGAAUCUAGCCGGAGGUCAGCCCGUGGCGUUAAAACUCGUGAAUGACCAGGGGAUAGACAUGGGGAAGUGUGUGGAGGAUUUUAAAGACCCCCAAGGCUGCCGUGAACUCGUUUCUUAUAAAUUGAAGAAAGAAAUUGUCCUGUUGCAGAGGCUGCAGCAUCCGAACGUCAUAAAGCUCAAAGGUCACUGUGCAGGAGAUCCAGGAGGAAGAGGAGGAGAGGGAGGAAGAUUCACAGUCAUCCUGGAGCAGGGGAAUCCUCUCCAGAUGAUCCAGCUGCUCCAGAGUCCCUGGGAGGACAGAUUCAGGGUGUGUCUGGACCUGGUCAGGCUCCUUCACUUCCUCUCCCAGUCUCCUCUGGGCUCCGUGGCUCUGCUGGACUUCCAGCCCCGGCAGUUUGUCACCGUGUCCGGCGAGCUGAAGCUCACAGACCUGGAUGACGCCAGCGCUGAGGAGACCCCCUGUCAGACCGACACAGACUGCACCCUCCAGUUUCCACACAGAAAUUUCACCCUGCCAUGCUCGGCCCGGGGAGUGUGUGAGGGCCUGAGUGAAAAGAGGAACAUUUACAACGCCUAUAGGUAUUUUUUCACCUACCUGCUGCCUCACCAGGCCCCGCCCGGCCUCACACACCUGGUAGACCACAUCAUGAACUCCACAGGGGAGCUGAAAGCUGACAUCAAUCAAACGCUGAAGGCCUUUGAACACAUCCUCCUCCUCUACAAGUCUGGCCUGCACCUGGACAACCUGCCUCCGUCAAUAAUCAGAGAUUACACCGUGAUGCGAGGUAUGGGGACCUCCGGGAACGUGGAGUACCGCUGCUGGCCGUCCUACAGCCAGCUGGGCUGUGUGCUGUCGGUCCACAGUGCCAGAGAGGCAGCGUACAUCUGUAACUCCCAUUCUCAGUGCAACAGCUUCACUCUGACUGGACAGAAGACGUGGACAGGUCGCCUUCUGGCCUCCUUCAGGAGCAGCUUCAGUCAUCUGGUGCCUGAUGGGAUGUCAGAGGUGUACGUGAAGAAAACCAAAGCUCCUGAAACCUCCACAUUGUGACACUAGGAACAAACAGAACGAUCCCGUUUCAGGCUGGCGGGAGUCAUUACGGAGGCGGGAUGAGAGAUAACGGGCAGUCUGCGAUGUGAAGCAAAGCAAAAUGUUGCGCUUAAGAUGAGAUCCUGCUCGUGAACAUGUUGAACGAAAGUCGGCUCUGCGGAUUAUGCAGGAGGGAGCGUAGAGGCUGGGCUGAGGAGGAGGCGUUUGAAGUGAGGCAAGUGAAUGUGAUGUAUUUAUAGGGCUUCUGCUCAGUGACUGUUUGAUCUGCCUGCCAGCUCACUGCCUCUGCCAACUACUAUUUAAAGGGAUUUCCCUUCAGGUACAAUUAAGGAGGGGAGAGCCUUGUGCCCUCAACAUGUUUUUUUUGUUGUUUUUUUUCCUACCAUGUCUUUAUUUGCCAUGUGUGUUGGCUUUCGUUUGUGAGGCCAGGUCCCCAUAGUUGGAUUUUUAAGCCAAAGAGGUAAUAAGAACAGCCACUGCAGCUCAACAUUUGAAGCCUGAGGACGAGAAAAGAAAACAAGCUCUUACACAAAUACACUUUGAUGUUAAUGCGCUGAGGUUGCGGCUGUUUUUUCAUGGUUCCCUGGCUUAGCUGCACUGUGGUAUGCGAUGGAAACAACCAUGUAAGCAUUUACACAUCAACAAUGAGCAAAGAUGAUUAAAACCAUUCCAGAUCAGUCUGUGUAUACAUACUUUUGUAAACUUAGUUUAUAGUGCUUAGUUCAUAAAUAUUUAAAUGAUCGAAUGAAAUGUAAUUGUUCUUACAUGAUUGUGCAUUAUAGCUUACGUGCACCUUGUGGGUGAAACUUUUAUUUUCAAUGAAAAAUUAUUGACUUCAGUGUUUUCUUUUAUACUUCACUUAUUGUAAUUGUACAGUUUGACAAUUUUGUAAUUAUAUAAAUGUGUUGUUUCUA